CAUUCGUACGGUUCGGUUGGGAGCUGGAAUUUUGUAUUUCUUAUUUGAUGUCAUUGUUAUUGCUGAGAGAUUUCUUUUUUUCCCGUGGAUCUUCGUAGUUAACAGUUCACGUUAAUCAAUGUUAAUUUAUACAUUUCGUAAGAAUCGAAAAUCUGAUUUUUGAAACGAGAUUCGAACAACGAAGCUACACACAAAUCUGCAGUCGUGCAUGGAUUGUCGCGUCCGAGUGCUAUGGAUCCCGAUUUUGUGAAUAAAUAUAAUCAAGUGCUCAAUCGCCUCAAGCUCGUCGAGAACUUCGAUGGCAGCGAUGCGGGCAAAUUGCCGCAAUUCCUGCAAAAGGUCGAGGCGCUGAUGCCGGCGAUCAAUGCCUUCGAUGAGUACUACAAGGCGCAGCUGCUAGGACACAUUAAGAACAAGUGCACGGACCGGGCGAGGGACGCGGUCUUCAGUCGUCAACUGAGUGCGCCGGCGGGCACCGGGAAUGGCCAUGCCAAUGGCGCGGUCAAGGCGGAGUCCUGGCACAAGCUGAAGGAGCAGCUGUUGCACAGCUUCGCCGAGCGUGAGUCGAGCUACGCGCUGAUACACAAGAUACGCAGCGCCGUCCUGGACUCGAACAUUGAGCUGUACUAUCAGAAGAUGGCGAAGCUGAAGCAACGCUUGCUCAAUCGCAAACUCACACACAACGAUACCCUGUACUCGCUGGAGGAUAUCGAGCGCAUCACGCUGCAAGUGUUUCGCGAUCAUUUGCCAGAGCCAACGCAUUCGAUGAUCUUGCGCCGCAAUCCGAAGAGCAUGGAGGAGGCCUAUCGCUAUAUUGUCGAGGUGCAGCAACAGUUCUAUACACAGAGUGGACCCUUGGGUGGGGAGCUGGGCGCCACCUUUAGCACCAGCCAUAAGCAAACAUUUGGCGGAGGCGGCGUGGGCAUCGGUGCGAGCACCGUGGGCUCCGGCGUCGGCAUGGGCCUGGGCAUCGCCUCAGUUGGACUGGCCAGCACCGGAUUCGCCUACAAUCGACAGUUGUCGGAGAAGAGCGUCGCUGGCUCCGGCCAGGGCUACAAUCAACAGAGCAGCAACAAGAGCUACUACAAUCAGUCGGCGCCUUUGGUCGGCGCCGGCAAGACGAGUCCCAUGUUCAAGAGCCUUGGCAAUCCCUCCUUCAAGUCCAGCUUCAGCUACAAUGGCAGCAGCAGCAGCAGUAUGGGUGGCAGCGGCUCCUGGUCCAGCGGCAAAUCGAAGGAUGUCAAGGGCUAUCAGCAGGGCAAGAAUGUGAACGUGAAGGCCAACAGCGGCAGCAGCUGGCGCAAAUAGUUGCAAUUCAAAGAUUGGAUUUAGUCAUGGGCCAAUGAGCUAAGCCAAUGGCAUGACCUAAUCUCUUAACCCCCUCUCUCUCAUUGUUGUUGUUGAUGUUGUAUAGUUGCUGUGACUAAGCCCUGGGAGCAAUUGCAAUUGCAUGCCUCAUGCUAAUUACGAACCCCCGCCCUCCCCCUCACAACAGCCCAGGUGGAUGCUGCGAUGUCGCUGAUGAUUCUGUUGAUGGCGCACGUUAAUUAUUAGAUCAUAAGUCUCAAAUGUGUAUAUACAAAGACCCAUAUCCCCGCCUCCCCCUCCCCCAUCUCAAGCCCCCCUCUCAAAUGUUGUAGUUUACAAUAAAGUGUAAAGUCUAAC